AAAACCAAUCCGACAUUUAAUCACAAAACAUGAUUUUCUAAAAAAUCAUUAUCUUAUAAACUUAUUUAGAUAGAACGCACAAUAAGUUAUCAUACACAAAAAGUAUAAUUAAUUUUACACGUAUUGAUGAUGUUCAGUGCUCAGCAAACCAGAAGCAACCAACUCUAAUAGCAAUGCCGAUGUAUAGCAUCCCUACAUCUCAUAUCAGUCACAUCUGUGCAAGUCACUGAAGUUCACACUAUUACAUUUUAUUUAAAGUGUUAUUUUAUUGUCGAUCGGUACAGUCGCUGAAUCUUACUUAAAAGGAACAUGUUUUUAUCUGCAUUUGCAACAUUUUCAGCUUUAGUGUACGUUGUGUCUUCGGAAACCAUAACGUGCCCCGAUCCAGGCCCUCCUAGAGUGGCCAACAGACUUGAAGAUUUUGUCUAUGUAACAGAAACGCUUCGUCCAACAUGCAACGCGGGUGACUUAUGCGUCAGUUGUACAGUCGAUCAUUGCCGUCAAUCCUCUGGACUAGGGACGCCGGGCGCAUUCCCAGAGGGUGUGCAUACACUGACGUUUGAGGGGAUAUUUAGUGACGUAUUCUCUUCAUGGACAAGAACAUGUUCCAUUCAGAUCCACGCACAAGUUGUAAGAUGCGGCGAUCCACCUAAUGAGCCAAAUGGUCACUACGCAUGUGAUAAUGACAUGUGGGGAUCCCAGUGCGUGUUGGGAUGUUUUAGUGGCUAUCGUCCGGCGGGCGGCGGAUCAUCACCGAUGGAAUGCAAACGUACAGAUCCGAAUGGCGUCAAUGGGAGCUGGCAAAACGUCCCUCAUUGUGAACGUAUUCCAUAGAUACGGACUGAAAAGGAGGACAGGCUAUAGGAAUAGGAAAUGGCGAAAAAUACCUUAAACGAGGAAUAAAUAUAUUUUGGUAUAGCAAUCCUGGACGGAAUUUCCAUUGACCUUCUUUACACUGUGUUUUAAAGCCUUUCGGAUGAACCAGGGCCGACCGAUUCGUUAACAUAUUUUUUUCAAAUAAGUUUGUCCCUUGUAUUUUAAUUAAAACGGUACCAUUUUGUUUAUUCAUUUGUAUUCAUUGUAUUCGUAAUAUGGAUUGAUAUCGCAUUGUUUGUACAUAAUACUCGUACAUGUAUUUCUUAUGCCAUUUUACAAUAAACAUUUCUCACAAACAAUGAUUUUUUAUAAAAAAAAUCAAUCAAAC